AACUCUCCUCUGACAGCUGCUAUACAGCCUUCUUUUUUAAUAUCCGGUUCAAGCAGUUGUUGCUGAUCGUCGCUUAUUUGUUGCAUUAUGGCACCCAGGAAAGCUAAGGUUCAGAAAGAGGAAGUCCAGGUCUCGCUGGGCCCCCAGGUGCGCGAUGGCGAGAACGUUUUCGGUGUUGCUCACAUCUAUGCCAGUUUCAACGACACCUUCGUCCAUGUUACCGAUUUGUCCGGUCGCGAAACCAUCGCACGUGUCACCGGCGGCAUGAAGGUCAAGGCCGAUCGUGAUGAGGCUUCCCCCUACGCCGCCAUGUUGGCCGCUCAGGAUGUGGCUGAAAGGUGCAAGGUGCUCGGCAUCACUGCUCUGCACAUCAAGCUGCGUGCAACUGGCGGUAACAAGACGAAGACACCCGGACCCGGUGCCCAAUCCGCACUGCGUGCUUUGGCUCGUUCCUCCAUGAAAAUUGGCCGCAUCGAGGAUGUGACACCCAUUCCAUCCGAUUCCACACGCAGGAAGGGCGGUCGUCGUGGUCGCCGUCUAUAAACGGUGUCCUUUACAUAUAUAAAUAUAUAUACUUGCGCAUCUGAAAAAUCAGCCUUGUCUUUUCACAUAUUUGUAUCCAAUUAAAUUUCGGUGAAAAUAGUUUCCAAUAAACUUACCGUGUGCAACUA